GGUGGAGGCGGAGGAGCGCGAACGCCGACUGCACGCCGAGUCGCAGCUGGCUGCUGAGCGAGCGGCCCGUCUGGCUGCUAUUGCGGAGUUGGAGAGGAACUCGCAACGGCUGCUAGAACUUGCUGGGGCUGGCGCCGGAGCGGGUGCUGAAGGAUGCCUACGGGCGUUAGAAGAACAGUUACGAGCGGCGGCGAGCUGGCGGCGCGGCAACGAGGCGACAUCGACGCGCUACGCGAGCACUGCGACCGCCUGCAUCACGAAGCAUGUUCCGCGCGCGAAUCCGCCCGCGUCCUGGAGGCUCGCCUCGUCGAAGCGGAGCGCGAGGCGGCGGAGAUGCAGGACUUCCUGGCCGCCGAGACCGGCGCGCUCGGGGACUCGCUGCGCGAGGCGGAGGCCGAGCUCGCGCGCGCUAACAAAGACCUGGAGCGACGACGCGCCGAAUGCCGACAACUAGUCCGCAUGUGCGAACAACGGCGUCAAGAAGCGCUCGGCGCUGCGGCGCGCGCGCGGUCCGGUGGCGGCGCGGCACACGCGUUAGAUGCGCUAUCGAGGCGGCUAGCAAGGCUCACUGAUGCUGUGGCUAGAGCUUACGCCUUGCCUAGGCAUGCGCUAGAGCCGCAGGUGUACCACAAUGACGCUUUCAGCCGCAGCGACAGCGGAGAAGCGUUGUCCCCGGACGACGAGCGCGGCGGCCUGCUCACCGCCGUGGCCAAGGCGCUCCGCUCCGCCCCGCCACCUGCACCCGCGGCCGAUGACGACCGUAGCAGAGUCUCCGAUGACAACGACAACUCUGCGGACCUGCUGGAUUCAGAGACAGAGCCGUGCCUCGUCACCGACCCAGAGUGCGCGGAGGAGUGGUGGUCGGGCGCCGAAGCGGGCGGCGCGUGGAGCGGCGAGGAGCUCUCGCCGGAGCGCGAGUCCUGCGAGCCGGACCCCGACUCCACGUCCGAGCGCGACUCGCUCCGCAACCUCUCCGCCGCGAUCGCGCAGCGCCACCGCUCCGAAGCCGAAGACGCCGAGCGAGGAACGCUGUUAGAACGCGUGCUGGCGCUGGAUAAUCGUCUAAGCGAAUUGUUAAGAGCGCUGAGAUUAGCUGCAGCGGCCGCUGCCGUCACUGACGAUGCAGAUUCUAUGAGGCUGGCGCAGGCAUUAAAAGACAAGAUAGACGUGACGGAGAAGAGCGUGGCGGACGUGGUGGUGAAGAAGCUGGCCGAACUCGACGCCAGCAAGCACAUGAUGGAACAGUACCGCCAGUCCGUGGAAGCGCUCAAAAAACAAUUGGCACAAACCGGUGAAGAGGAUGACCUAGAUUUUCUUGAAGAGGAGCUGUCCGGGUGCCCGGAGCGGGAGCGGCGGCUGCGCUACGAGGCGCUGGACGCGGCGCUGGGCGCGCUGGGCGCGCGGCAGGCGCUGGUGGCGGGCUGGCCGCGCCUGCUCGCGCUGCAGCGCCGCCUCGAGCGCCUCGCCUUCGCCGCGGCGCAGCCUCCGCGCCGCCGCCCGCCCCCCCCCCCACACCCGCGCCGCUGCACACCACAGCUUGACUCGCUGAUCGUCUUUGUGACCCGCGCUAGCGUCUCCCGAACGUCGGCGUCUAAUCGACGCGAUGCGACGUUCCUGUGCGGUCGCGCUGACGUUGCAUAGAUGUCAUAAAUUAACAAAAAGUCCACACUUGAAAAACCCCACUGUAAAGUGACUUAAGAGGCGUCGGCGGCUAGUCCGUUUUAAAGCGACCGUUCGACGCGACGUCGAUACGAGUGCGCGACGGCACCGUUUCGACUAGAUCUCCGACGCUCAAAAGACGUCCGUUUUGACCAGUAAUACGUGAAAUACUAGUGAUCCCUGCGAAAACACCGAAACGAUCUCCGAUAAGUACGACCUCUUCUGGACAUUAUUCGCGGUGAAUUCUUAUUCCCCGAGAGCUGAUGCUGCCAAAAGAUAUUGUAUCGCAUGAUCUCUAUCACAAAAAAAAAAACAAAUUGAAACCACUAACUUGGUUUCUGCUCUUGAAAAUCGCACGAGCCACGUCUAUUUCGAUCGCGCUUUUAAGUAGCGCACUGGGAGAUCUCGUGAAUACGAUACCUUAUUACAUACCAUAAUAUUUCUUUUAUAUUAUUGAUGUGUGUAUAUUUAAGAAUGUUAAAAAUAAUGAGUAAACCGACGCUACGGUUUUUAGACUCCUAAUAUUUCCAUCGAUACGAAUUCGAUAACAUUAAAGCUUAAGGGAAUCCUUUACUGUCAUGUUUUUAUAUUAUUUGCACGUAUAUAGUAUACGAAUGAAGGUUUUUGAACCUUGCUGAGAUCGAAUUGAAUGAUAUUAGAAUACGGGCGUGUAUACGUGUUCGGUGCCAAACGAAUGCUACGUUUACGUACAUUGAAGUUUGAUGUUAAAUAAAUUGUCAAUUUUAAAAGCAAUCUGCCAUGAUAACGUUAAUCGACUUGAAAAAUAAUUGAAAUACGUUUAUGCUGGUCAUAAUCGUCAGAUUUAUUCUAAUUAAUUUCAAAACAAAUAAAGUUAUAAAAAUCUUUCAAAUAUUGAAUUACAAUAUAAUUAUAGUAAAAAGCACAAAUAACUAAGUACCAUUAGAAACUAAUUCGUUGCGUGGAAUGUUUAGCAAAAAUAUUUGCAAGAUACCUAGAUAGAAAGCAGUCGAGCUUAUGAAGGUUAACUUCAAAGAGAUAUUGUAUGUAGCUAGACUCAGACCAAAUGUUGCUGGGACCUAAGCGAACUAUAUUUAUCAUCACAAUAAUAAAAUGACUGAAAUAAAUGCUUACAAAUUUGGCGUGAGUUUAACUACUGAAGAGUAACUAGAGAAGAGGGUUUAAUAUUAUGUAGAUAAACUCGAUCGCGAGCGGCUGGGACCGAGGUGAGCUUUACUUGUCAUCAGAACUGAGACCGUAAGCUUCAAAAGUGUGAUCAGAUACGUAAG